GUUUUAUUGGUCUCUGGGUUGAGGUUUGACUUGAUUAAGGUCAACUUGAUAAUUAAUUGUUAUUUGUAUUUUUAUUAUUUAUUUUAUGGAGGGUAGGGUACUAGGGUGAUUUAAAUUGUCAACUUGAUGUGUUGAGUAGCUGGAAUUCCAAGUGCAAGGGUUGCUUUUUAUAUGCAUGCUAAGGCAAAUUUACUUGUUUAUUGGUACAGCUAAUAUAGGAUCAAGAUUUUAUUUUAUUUUAACCUUUCAGCUUUGCUUUGGUCUUCCACUAUAUCCACUAUAGUAAACAGUAUGAUGAAUGCCAGAGGUUUUACCUGAAUAUGAGCCUGUUCUUCAAACUUCAAACUUCAAUGAGAAGUUGCUGGCCAAGAAAUAAUUUUGGCAUGCUUGGAUUACAAUAAAUCCUGAAUCUGACACAGUAUAUUUUCCGCAAUUUUCAAAGAUAAAGUCCCUUAUCUAUAAUAUUUUCAAAAUCACAAAUGACUAUUUUUAGUUAUUUCUCCCAAAUUAUACACCUUGCACCCAUGUAUGCAUUGCAAGUUGGAAACCAAAAUUUCAGAAGUACGAGUUUAAAAAGUAUUCAAUUUCAGGUUCAUCACUUAUAACUCAAAAAAAUUACUAGAAGACGUACAUUUGUUUGCCAGUUUGAACUAAGAAUUCAUAGUUUGACUUUGAGCCAUGCUACAUUGUCGGUCUGCUUUACAGAUUGGUUUUCUGAAAAUAUACAUGACAGACACUAAAAAGACAACUGAAAAGAUGGAUGACGUCUUUAUAACAAGGCAAGACUCAGAAGAAAAUGGAAAUGAAUCUCCUUUUUUGAAAUUAAUGUUGAAUAAAUUGACUGGAUGGUGAUGUCUCACUAUUUGAACGUGACCGUGAUUCUGGUAAUCAUCAAUCUAAAGUACGCUUGAAAAUAACCUAACUUUUGAGAACAUUAAACAUGAACAAGUAUAAAGGUGUAGGCCAAAAGCAAGGAAUCAUGAGGUUAGCUUUGACUAAAGCUGCACUGCUUGCACUUAGAACUUAAAAGGGAUCUCACAACAGUAAGCUAGAUCAUGCAUAAAAGUCCACCAAAAGAGGAAAAAUAGAAAUUACCCGAUACAAGAAAAAGAAGAAAAUAAAGAGCUCCUCCAAAUUGCAUGAAAUGUUUCAAACAAUUAAUCCAAAGAUUACCUUAUUUUCCAGAAGAGGAGACUGAUCCCUACAGAAUCCCAACAAAACACAACAUGCGGAUGGCACUGUUUUGGCUAGUCCAAGGCUGUCAGGCAGGAGAUUCGCUCGUGUUCCAUUUUUCAGGCCACGGCUCACAACAAAGAAACUACAAAGGAGAUGAGAUUGAUGGGUUUGACGAGACAUUAUGCCCGUUGGACUACGAGACACAGGGAAUGAUUGUUGAUGAUGAAAUUAAUGCGACAAUUGUGAAGCCUCUACCGACUGGGGUCAAGCUUCAUGCAAUCAUAGAUGCAUGUCAUAGUGGCACGGUCCUUGAUUUACCGUAUGUUUGUAGAAUGGACAGAAGUGGACGUUGUGCAUGGGAGGACCAUCGUCCUCCGACAGGGACAUGGAAAGGCACGAGUGGUGGAGAAGUCAUUUCCUUUAGCGGUUGUGAUGAUGAUCAAACCUCGGCCGAUACAUCUGCUCUAUCUAAGGAGACUGCUACUGGGGCUAUGACCUUUGCCUUCAUCCAAGCAAUAGAAAAGGGACAAGGAAAUACGUACGGGCGUCUUUUAAAUGCGAUGAGAUCAACAAUACGAAAGACAGAUAGUGAGUUGACAGGAGGAGCUAAUGGUGCUGUGACUACACUUCUUACAAUGCUUUUGACGGGAGGAAGUGCUGGUAUUGGACUAAAACAGGAACCACAACUUAGUGCUAACGAACCAUUCGAUAUCUACACAAAGCCAUUUUCACUUUGA